GUUUGCCGGGAAACUGUGACGUUGGAAGCUGGAGGCUGGCCCUCCUCCCUCCCCUGCAGCCUCCCACCAGCACAGGACCUCAGCUUCAGGUCGCUCUGCCCAGGCCUGCAGUGAGGCCACCCAGAGGACACCAGGAUGACCCAGAACAUGCUGACCGUGAAUGGAGUCGACGUGGCCUCUUCGCCAUCCCGGCCCACCCACAUCAACAUCCACAUCCACCAGAACUCAGCGCUGGCACAGGUGUUGAGUGCAGCUGCGAGUGCCCUGAAGCAGUCUCUUUCUCACCCUCGGGACGCCAUCUGGUCCAAGACCAGGCUGAACUAUGGGCAGCUGGCUCUAGGGGUGACUGAGGUGCUGCUAGGGCUUAUGAGCUGUGCCCUUGGAGUGUGUCUCUACUUGGGGCCCUGGACUGAGCUGCGGGCCACUGGCUGCGCCUUCUGGGCAGGAUCUGUGGCCAUUGCAGCAGGAGCUGCCGCCAUUGUCCACGAGAAGUACCAGCGCAGACUUGCGGGCUGGGUGUCAGUUCUGCUCACCCUGGCUGGCACUGCUACAGCUGUCGCUGCUGUCGUCCUCUGUGUGAAUAGCUUGACCUGGCAAGCCGACGCCUUCCCCGAUAUGGACGUUGUGUGUGAUCGUCCAGACCCUGUUGUCUCAACUGUGGAGUAUGGAUGGCGGCGGAGAAGAACUUACUCCAGCUGGGAGGAGGAUGAGUGCAGGAAUUACAUGACUAUGCUAACGAAAUUGUUCAUAGGAUUCCGUGCCCUGCUCCUGACCAUCUGUGCCAUGAAUGUCAUCGUGUCCUUGGCUUCCCUGGGGAUGGGUCUUCGGAGCUUGUGUAGUCAGAGCUCUGCCCUCCUGGUUGAGGAAGGGUCACAGAAUAAGCUUUUAGGGGAGAACUCGGUGCCUCCCUCCCCCUGCAAGGAGAAGGGCCCAGCUGCCAUCAUCCUGUGAACAGUUGAAGACCCUUCCUGGGCCCUCGGUAUGUCCCAGUCUGGAGCAGCCCAGGACCUGCAGGAGGACGAGCGCUGACCCCAGCCGCACAUGGGCCUCUCCUGGCUGGCCCCACUUCUUUCCUUCGUGCCCUGCCAUCCCAGCCAGUGUUCCUACUUCAGGUUCUCAGUUCAGUCAGCAGACACUGCUGCGUUUUCCCAGUACCAGCUGAGCUGAAACACCAGGGGCAGGAACGCUGCAAGUACCAUGCAGUCUCCCUGUGUUUACACACCCCGUGCGCUGCCAGAACCCUUUCUUUGCAUUGAUACAUAUGGAAUUAAAUGAGAGCUGACUGAAUUGCCUUAA